UGUCAUUCCAAUAAAUUGUGGUCGGCUGUAUUUAGCUUAUAGAAUGUGAUAUAUUGAUUAUAUUUAAUGUUGUACAAUUGCUGAUAUUCUAUAUAAACAGAAAAAAUGUUUUCACGUACGAGAUUCCUUUUUUCAAGAGUUCUACCUCUAAAAAGUGCUUUUAAGUUAGAAUAUAAAAAUGAAGCUCGUAUAUUGUGCGGAAUUACAGCUGUAAGGCACCGUUCAACAACUCCACUCAAUACUAUUGUUAUGUUUGUACCACAACAAGAGGCAUGGAUUGUAGAACGAAUGGGAAAAUUUCAUAGAAUACUUGAACCGGGGUUAAAUUUGCUCUGGCCUGUGGUAGACAAGAUUAAAUAUGUUCAAAGUUUGAAAGAAAUAGCAAUAGAUGUUCCGAAGCAAAGUGCAAUCACAUCUGAUAAUGUUACACUUAGUAUUGAUGGAGUGUUGUACUUAAGGAUAAUUGAUCCCUAUUUGGCGUCUUAUGGUGUGGAAGAUCCAGAGUUUGCGAUAACACAGUUGGCUCAAACAACGAUGCGUUCCGAAUUGGGACAAAUAUCACUUGACAAGGUGUUUAGAGAAAGGGAAUCUCUCAAUGUAUCAAUGGUCCAUGCAAUAAACAAAGCCAGUGAAGCUUGGGGUAUUACAUGUCUGAGAUAUGAAAUUCGUGAUAUAAAGCUGCCAACUAGAGUUCAUGAAGCUAUGCAGAUGCAAGUUGAAGCAGAGAGACGAAAAAGAGCCGCAAUUUUGGAAUCAGAGGGUGUCCGCGCCGCUGACAUUAAUGUGGCCGAGGGAAAGCGGCAGGCUAGAAUACUGGCAUCAGAGGCCGAGAAACAGGAACAGAUAAACAAGGCAUCGGGUGAGGCUCAAGCGAUGCUGGCUGUGGCAGAGGCACGGGCCCGAGGAUUGACGAUGAUUGCUGGCGCACUAUCUCAACCGGAAAGCAAAAACGCAGCAUCUCUGACACUCGCAGAGCAGUAUGUAUCAGCCUUCAACAAACUUGCGAGAACAACCAAUACACUCAUAUUGCCCGCUAACGCAGGAGACGUCUCUAACUUGGUUGGCCAGGCUAUGUCAAUAUAUUCAACGGUGGCCUCGCACAAUAAACAAGUACCUCAUGGAGAGCCAAUAGUUCCAGAUAUAAUGUAUGACGACCCUUUAUUCAAAUUAAGUGCUCUAAAUGAAAAUGGUACAGCGUUAUCCGGACAACCAGUGCCAAGUGAAGAUGAUAAUUUAGCAGAAUAUUAUUCAGAUGACGAAGAAAGGGAGAAAGCAAGAAAGGGACAAGCACAAAAUGAAAAGGAACAAUUUAAUAUUAUUGACAAAAAAAAAUAGAAUUGUUAAGAAUAAAUAUGUCUGUUAAUAAAAAUAAAACUAAGCAUUGAAUGA